UGGAAAUAAGUGUACUCAUCUAACCCUUGAAUGAUUUGCAGUAUCAAGAACCAGGACUUUUUCAAGAACCAGUCAUAAUUUUCAUCUGAGUCAAAGAUACUCAAACAAGUCAUGGUGCGUCGUUUUUUUUCGAGGUUCCAUCUCCUCAGCGCACUGCUUUUUGCAGGAGAUUGUGUGUGGAAUGUCGUGGCAGCCGCUACCCCGCCAUCUGCUGCUGGGAGUCAUUCUCCUGCGGACGACUCUGACAACGAGUCCACUUCAUCGUCCUGGCU